AUGUCGCAGCGCGAUUUUUCUGAGGUGGAGCCCACCGGCUCGGCGUCUCUAGGGGCAGCAUCCAGAGCCCUCUUCGUGGAAAAAGUGCGCGCGUCUAAUGCGGCAUGCCAGGCCGGUGAUUUCUCUACAGCUGUCGCCUUGUAUACCGACGCGUUAACUCUUGAUCCUGCAAAUCAUAUUUUAUAUAGUAACAGAUCUGCAGCCAGAUUAAAGCAAGGACAAUUCGCAGCGGCUCUCCAAGAUGCAACUCGAGCGCGGGAACUUUGCCCGAAUUGGCCAAAGGCUUACUACAGACAGGGUGUGGCUCUACAAUGUCUUGGGCGACAUGGCGAGGCUCUGGCUGCAUUCAGCUCGGGCUUGGGAGUGGAACCCACAUCGCGACAACUCCUCGCAGCGUUGGUGGAAGCCUCUCUCAAAUCGCCACUGCGGGUCACCCUCGAACCCACUUUUAGACAACUGGAGGCUAUGAAAUUGGACCAAUCGCCUUUUGUUUUGAUAUCGGUUGUCGGGCAAGAACUUCUAGCGGCCGGACAGUACCAGGCAGCUGUAACAGUGCUCGAAGCAGCGUUGAGGAUCGGAUCAUGCUCUCUCAAAUUAAGGGGCUCAGUAUUCAGCGCACUUUCAUCAGCACACUGGGCGCUCAGUCAACUUGACGCGGCCAUCAACUAUAUGCAACAAGAUCUAGCGGUUGCAAAGUCACUUGGCGACACCGCGGGAGAGUGUCGCGCACAUGGCAAUCUCGGUGCGGCGUACUUCAGUCAAGGCUCAUACAAAGAUGCUUUGACAGCGCAUCGGUACCAGCUCGUAUUAGCAAUGAAGUGCAAGGAUACGCAAGCCGCAGCCGCAGCUCUUACAUCUCUAGGCCACGUGUACACUGCCAUCGGAGACUAUCCUAACGCCUUGGCCAGUCACAAGCAAUGCGUUCAGCUAGUCAAGCAAAUGGGAGACCGUCUUCAAGAAGCACGGGAAAUAGGAAAUGUCGGCGCUGUCUAUCUCGCAAUGGGAGAAUUUGAUUCCGCUGUGGACUGUCACACGCAACACCUACGACUUGCAAGGAGACUUGGCGAUCAGGUAGAAGAAGCAAGAGCCUACUCGAAUCUAGGCUCAUCAUACCAUUACAGGCGAAACUUCUCUCAGGCGAUCGCAUAUCACGAAAACGUAUUGAGAAUAGCACAGAACCUAGGUGAUCGAGCCAUAGAAGCUAGAGCCUACGCUGGUUUGGGUCACGCAGCAAGAUGUGCUGGUGAUUACGCUCAAGCUAAGAAAUGGCAUGAAAGACAACUGGACGUCGCCUUGGCGGCAAGAGAUAAGGUAGGUGAAGGCAGGGCUUGCUCCAAUUUGGGCAUCGUUUAUCAACUGCUCGGGGAACACGACGCCGCAUUAAAGCUACACCAGGCACAUUUAUCAAUUGCGAGGCAACUGCAGGAUAAGGCGGGAAUGGGUCGCGCAUACGGGAAUAUAGGCAAUGCAUACUCAGCGGCGGGCUUCUAUGAGCAAGCUAUAAAGUACCAUAAACAAGAGCUAACCAUAUCGAAAGAAGUUCAUGAUAGAAGUUCGGAAGCAUCCACACACGGCAACCUAGCGGUCGCAUACCAAGCGUUAGGGGCCCACGAUAUGGCACUGUUUCAUUACCGAGCACAUUUAGGUAUCGCGCGCGAGUUAAAAGACGCGGCGGGUGAAGCUUGUGCUCUUUUAAAUCUUGGCAAUUGUUUAUCGUCUCGAGGGGAGUUUGCGCAAGCGGUGCCGUACUAUGAGCAGCAUCUCAUGCUGUCACAAGAACUGGGUGACGUCACUGCUGAGGCAAAAGCAUGUCAUUUUCUGGGAUACGCGCACUAUUGUCUAGGAAAUUACAGAGAGGCAGUAAGAUACUACGACCAAGACCUUUCGCUAGCGAAAGACCUCCAAGACAAAAUGAAUAUGGGCAGAGCAUACUGCAACCUUGGUCUCGCACACUUAGCCCUCGGCAACUUAGAGACUGCACUAGAAUGUCAGAAAUACUUCCUGGCUAUAGCCCACAUGACUCAGCAUCUUCAAGGAAAAUUUAGAGCUUUGGGUAACAUUGGCGAUGUGUUGAUCAAGAUGGGAGACGUGGAAGAAGCAGUGAAGAUGUACCAGCGACAGCUUCGGUUUGCGAGAGAAGCUCGUGAUCGCUCGUUAGAAGCAGCUGCAUGUGGAGCACUAGGGCUUGCGCGGCGUCUACAGAGAAGACUUGACGCGGCCUUAGGGCAUCAUACACAGGAACUAACACUGCGUCAAGAAGCAGGCGACGCGGCCGGUGAGGCCAGAGCUCACUCGCAUCUCGGAGCGGUUCAUAUGGCGCUUGGUCACUACUCACAUGCUGCGAGAUGUUACAGAGAGCAACUGGAGAGAGCUCAAGAGCUUCAAGACUGUGCUCUGGAAGCGCAGGCUUAUGGCAAUCUGGGCAUUGCGAAACUAAACAUGGGACAUUAUGAAGAUGCAAUAGGAUAUUUAGAACAGCAACUGGCAAUACUCGAGCGAGUGAACACACCAACAUGUCAAUUAGACAAAGCGCGUGCUUUGGGUUCUCUCGGUGAUUGCUACGAUGCACUUGGCGACCCUGACGAGGCCAUCAAGUACCACGAACAACACUUAGCAGCUGCGCUCAAGCUAGACAACGCCAGAGAACAGGAGAGAGCUUAUCGUGGACUAGGACUUAGUCACAAAUCAGUCGGAAAUCUUCAACAAGCUUUAGUAUGUCUCGAAAAGCGCCUAGUGGUGUCCCAUGAGUUAGGCAUACCUGAAGCGAAAGCACAGGCGUACGGAGAACUCGGUGCACUGCACAUCGCGCUCAACAAUUUAGAGCAAGCCGUAUCUUGUCUGGAGCAUCAGAAAAAUAUUGCUAAGGAGCUGAAUAACCAAAUAAUGGAGGCGGAGGCGUGGCACUCGCUGGGCGUGGCGCAGCAGGCGCUGGGCGAGCACGCGGCCGCCGUGCGCCACCACCGCGCCGAGCUCGAGCUCGCGCACCGCCUCGGCCUCACGCAUCUGCAGGCACGCGCUUGUGGCGGGCUGGGCACGGCGCAUGCGUCGAUGGGCGCGCACGCCGAGGCAGCGCGCUGGCACGAGUCUAGAUUGAGACACGCAACCGCAGCUGGAGACACCAGAGGUCGCGCCAACGCUUUAGCGGACUUAGGAAGAUCCCAUUUGGCAAUGGGUGCCUGUGGCAGUGCGGUGUCUUAUCUGAGACAAGCAUUAGCAGCUACGGAAGGACUGUCCGAUGCUGAUGAAGAGGCGAAAGUCCGUCAUCGCCUCGGUUUCGCUCUUUGGGCUUCUGGAGAAUUGGAGGAAGCCAAAGAACAGCUACAAGCAGCUCUCACCGUGCUGGAGUCUGGACAAGAUAAACAACGCGACAGAAAGAUCGCAGCGCUCUACACAUCCACACAACACGCUCUGCAGCGAGUACUAGUUGAACUGGGUCGUCAUCCCGAGGCCUUGGUGGUAGCGGAGCGCGGUCGAUGCCGUUCCCUAGACAUAAUGACGGACAAGCAGCCUGGUACUUUGAAUCAGGCUAAUCUGGAACUUCACACAGCACAAAGAAAUCUCACUGAAGAUGGUAAUAAAGAAAGAGCAGAAUUGUGGAGUCCCUCUAAUGUGGAGCAAAUUCUAGAAGUUGUUAACAAACAGAAAGCACCCGUACUGUACUACAGCUUGGCGGCAGGGAAAUUAUACGCUUGGCUACUGCAGCCGCAUAAGGGUAUACUGCGAUUCCACCAAGUGUCCCUUCAUGAUCAGAAUGAGGACAGUGAUAAUAGUCUACCGGAUAUUAGUCCUGAUGAUCUACAAGCAAGUGCAGGUUCGUUGGGCAAACUUGAGCGUUAUAUUAGCGAGUGGUCGGUGUGGUUAAAAACCGCCGAACGAAGGAACGAAGAGGACCAAUGGGAUCCCGAUGAAAGGCCCAAUGCAGCACUCGCUAGAAUGGUGUCACGCAACCAUCUUCUGAACUCUUCUAAUUAUUCACUCAGCUCGCUGUUCAGCGUGGGUUCGGUCGGCGGUUCUGUAGCUGGCUCGGUCGCCAGUUUACAGGGAUCUACAAGGUCGAGUGCACACGGUCCCCGUAAGAAGCAACCAGCGUGGCAAGGACCACCAUGUCUUAGCAUGCUCUACCAAAUGCUCAUUGCGCCCUUCGAAGACCUGCUGCCUGCUUCCUGCAAUAAUAAUCAUGCGUCUCACGGUCGUCGCGGUUGCGGUGGGCGGCGCGAGCUUGUAGUGGGAGUGGAGGGUGCGCUGUAUGCGUGCCCGUGGGGUGCACUGCGAGCCAACGCAGAUGCGGAGCCGCUGUGCGAGCGGUACGCCCUUAUGGCUGCGCCUGCGUUGCGUCCUCUGCGACACCCACGCCACACGCGAGCGCGUGUCGACCGCGAACACGGCAUGCGUUGCUUGGUUGUGGGCGGUCCACGUGUGGGCGGCACACGCUGGGCCAGUGCGCACGCGCAGCUCAAGGAAGCAGAGCUUGUUGCUGAUAUGCUACGUGUCACACCGCUCACAGACUAUCAAGCAUCAAAGGAAGCGGUUCUGGCACAAUUGCCUCAAGCGGAAUGCGUGCACUUCGCCACUCAUGUUUGCUGGAAAACACCGGGCAUCGUCCUCAGUCCAGGCGAGGUUGUUGAUUCACAGGCGAAACGUCUUCUGAAUACAAGCGUAGGCAGCGGCGCUGCUGACACCUCAACCGAAAAUGAGGAAGAAAACUCUGAACUACCGCAAAGUAACGAAGAACUACCUCCGACUUCAGAGUUUAUGCUGACUGCUUCAGAAAUUAUGAAUAUGAAAAUAACAGCCCGACUGGUGGUGAUAUCGUGCGCUCCAUCAAGCGGGGCUCUGUACGAGCAAGCAGAGGGCGAGGGAGCGGGCGUGACGGCGGCGAGUGGCGGCGUGUCGCGCCUGUGCCGCGCGCUGCUGGCGGCCGGCGCGCACGCCGUGCUGCUCGCGUUGUGGCCGGCGCCACAGGACACCGCCACCAAGAUCCUGUAUCGCGCGCUCUACUCCGCGCUGCUGCAAGGAAGCCGCGUCGCUAAAGCUCUGGGCGACGCGAUGCAGACUGUGCGACACACGAAGCACUUCGCACACCCGGCGCACUGGGCGGGACUCGCGCUGCUGGGCGCCAACGUGCGUCUGAGCAACAAGGUCGCGCUUAUGGGUCAGGCGCUUUGUGAGCUUCUCGCCGCGCCUGAUAAGUGCCGGGAUGCAUUACGAGUAUGCCUGCACUUGGUCGAGAAAUCUCUACAGAGAAUCGUGAGAGGACAGAAAAACGCCAUGUAUACGACUCAAAAGAGCAUCGAAAACAAGGCUGGAACUGCGACCGGGUGGCGGGAACUUUUGAUGAGUGUUGGUUUCAGAUUUGAACCAGCUGCAAACGGCAUCCCAUCGAGCGUGUUUUUCCCUCAAAGUGAUCCUGAAGAAAGAUUGACCCAAUGCUCAGCCAGUCUACAAGCUCUACUUGGAUUAACUCCGACGACACUUCAAGCACUUUCGAAACUAAUAUCUAACGGAGAUGUGGCUGAUGAAAUUAUUGGUGUGAUCCGAUCUGUCAUAUCGCAGUUCUCUGUCAAAAACUCUGAAAGCGACACCAUUGAAGUAGCUGUGAACGUCCGGCUUUGGCGUGUAAACGGUUGCCAUGAACUGCUGGCAUCAUUAGGAUUCGAUCUGGCAGAAGUUGGGCAAGAUGAAGUAACUCUGCGUACUGGAAAGACGGCAAACAGACGACAUAUACAAUUUGUGUUGCAAGCUUUGCUAGCCCUCUUUGAUACGCAAGAAGCUCCUCGGAGUCUUAGCUUAGAAUCAAGUUCAAGUGUGGAAUCCCUGGCGUCUAUUGACGACGGUGAUUUAGAACCUCACUCUGAUGGUGAACCUCCUCCAAGAGAACAUAGACAAGAGAGCGUUUCUUCAGUUCCACCUCCUCCACUACCUUUGGGAUCUUGUGGUGGAGCCUUCACUAUGUAUGUAAGAGGAUCUACGUCCAAUACUGAAGUUGGCCGUGGCGAACCUGAUGGUAGAACUGCCCCUCCACCCGCACCACCGCCUCCAAGAUACCGUGGUGAGAGUGACGCAGCUUUUACACCAUCACCACCCGCAGCCCCGCCAUCAACAUCAACUGCACCACAAAGAGAUGUAUCGCUAGCGUUAGCUCAUCAAACGAAAAUCAGAACACUUUACACAAGGAGGCCUCCUUCAACUGAUGAUUCAGACUGGGAAAGCUCUGGGCACGAUACUGUCUUACGAAGACGCCCCGAGCACUCCCACACUAGAUAUCUAGACGCUUUCUAUGAUCUAGCAUCUGCACAACCUAGAAGAACUGAAGAAGAAAAAACCGAUCAAACCGUGAACCAACCUUCAACUUCGAAAAGAGUUGCUCGACCAAAGAUGGGUACAAGCAGUAGAGACUCCAUGGCACAAGUUCGGCACAUGAGUGGAGAACUUACUCCCACAAUUUCAGAGGUUUAUCAUGAAAGAAAUAUUGGCUUAGGUCUUGCCCCGCCUUUAGCAGAAUUAUUGUUAGCAGAAGAAUCGAAAAGUGAAAUGAGAGCUGCCAGUUCAAGUGAAAAUCUACUAUUACAAAAUCUAGAGAAACUAGGACUUUUAGGUGAUACAAGCGAAAAUGAAGAAAGAUGGUGCAGUAAUAACACAUCAAGACCUUGGCUUUCAGCUCCACCCUUGGAAACUGAUGUUCAAGGAUCGGAUCUUACUACUGCAGAAAUCAUAGAGCGUCAAGCAAAAUUCAAAAAAGAUGUGGAGCCCAAGCGUAAGGAAGAGAACGCUUACGAGUUGAAACCCAAAGAAGAAGCUCCAGGUCCAAGUGGCUUAGAAAAAAGAUCUGUAUCUCCAUUUUCCGAGCUUUCACGUAGAGAUGAAGGAGAUGGAAGAAGCAUAGCUGAUUCACAUUCGUCAUAUAAAGCGCUGGUUCUGAACCCACGAACUCCGUAUUUGCCAGAAGAGGGAGAAGGUGGAAUUAUUACAGCCACUGAAGGAGGAAAAACACAUCCAAGGCCUCGUCGGCCAGCAAUACCACGAACGAGACCAGCAUAUACUACACUUGACUUUCCACCGAACAAAUGA